CUUUUGCACAUUCAUUUCAUUUAUUAUUGAAAUCUACUUCUGAAACAUCAUCUAAUGGUUCGAGUUAUAAUGAUAUUGAUGGAGUAGAAGAGAAUGAACGAUUUGUUAAUGCUGAUAAUAAUAUUUUUUCCAUGUUUGGAACCGCAAUUUUAGCUGUUUAUAUUAUGCUCACCGGAGAUUCUGCUUCUCUAUCUCCAUGGGUUCUACGUGAUAAUUUUGCUUUGAUCAUUUUAAUGGUC